GCAUUCCAUUCAGCGCACCAACCACUCCCACCAUUCACAUUCACACUUCACCAUAUUCAUUUUCAUCUUCAUCUACAUUUCCACCAAACUUUUCUUCAAUUUCACUCCACUCCCGCAUUGCUUCUGCCUCUGGAUGCACAUACAUUUGCCGUCGCCUGCAAUUUUUUAUCCGCAGUAUGGAAUUUGCAGUGGAAUCUGGUGCGAGAAGCAUGGAGAAGGGGAUUGAGGUAAGGAAGAAUCAGACUUUGAUAUGUACGCCAUUGAUGGCUGAUACAGCGGAUCAGUUGGUCGAGUUGAUGUACAAGGCUAAGGCUAAGGGGGCUGAUAUUGUGGAGAUUAGGUUGGAUCAUUUGAAGAGCUUUAAUCCUCGUUUCGAUGUGCCGAAGUUGAUGAAAGAGUGCCCUUUGCCCACUCUGUUUACUUACAGACCUGUAUGGGAAGGUGGUCGAUAUGAUGGUGAUGAAAUAAGUCGUUUUGAAGUGCUUCGACUUGCAAUGGAGUUAGGAGCUGAUCAUAUUGACAUUGAACUCAAGGCUGCUCAUGAGUUCAACAAGUUUAUGAAUGGAUACAAGUCUGAAAGGUGCAAACUUAUAGUUUCUUCACACAAUUAUGAGUGCACCCCAUCAGUUGAGGAGCUAGGAGACCUUGUUGCAAGAAUACAAGCAGCUGGAGCUGACAUUGUUAAAUUUGCCACGACAGCAUUAGAUAUCACCGAUGCAGCUCGUGUGUUUCAAAUAACAAUUCAUUGCCAAGUACCAAUUAUUGCUAUGGUUAUGGGAGAGAGAGGCUUGAUUGCUCGAGUACUAUGUCCUAAAUUCGGUGGAUACCUAACGUUUGGCACUCUUGAAGCUGGAAAGGUGUCUGCCCCCGGGCAGCCUACGAUCGAACAGCUAGUUGACUUGUACAAUUUUAGGUUGAUUGAUCAUGAUACAAAGGUAUUUGGGAUAAUUGGGAAGCCCGUAGGUCACAGCAAAUCACCCAAGUUAUAUAAUCGAGCCUUCAAAGCUGUUGGCUUUAACGGGGUGUAUGUACAUCUGUUUGUGGAUGACGUUCCAAAAUUCUUAAAGACCUAUUCUUCGCCAGAUUUUUGUGGUUUCAGCUGCACCAUUCCACACAAAGAAGCCGCGCUCAAAUGUUGUGAUGAAGUUGAUCCAGUCGCAAAGAAUAUAGGGGCUGUUAAUAAUAUCAUCAGGAAGCCCAACGGGAAGCUAUUUGGCUGCAACACCGACUAUGUUGGUGCAAUUUCUUCUAUUGAGGAUGCUCUAAGAGGUUCACACAAUGGAGGCAAUGGAUUUUCUUCACCCUUGGCCGGUAAAUUGUUUGUCGUCAUUGGUGCUGGUGGUGCAGGCCGAGCAAUUGCGUAUGGUGCCAAAGAAAAAGGAGCAAGGGUUGUGAUUGCUAAUCGCACUUAUGAUCGAGCUAGAGAACUAGCUGAGAUUGUUGGAGCACAGGCGUUGACUCUUUCUGACCUGCAUAAUUUUCAUCCGGAAACCGGGAUGAUACUCGCAAACACGACUUCCAUAGGAAUGCAACCGAAGGUUGACGAGACUCCUAUUUCCAAGGAAACCUUGAGAUACUACCAGCUCGUGUUCGACGCUGUUUACACACCCAAAAUCACGAGGCUUCUGCAGGAAGCUGCAGAAAUGGGAGCGAAAAUUGUGACGGGAGUCGAAAUGUUGAUCGGGCAGGCUUACACUCAAUACGAAAACUUCACCGGAUUGCCAGCUCCAAAACAACUUUUCAAGGAAACCAUGGAAGAUUAGUAACAUUUCUUGGGAGGGAAAGAUCCAAAGGCAAAUCUUCAUAUCUAAGGCUGAAGGCCUAUUGUUUUGUUGUAAUGUAAUCUAUCAUUUGAUUUAUUUUAUAAGUUGUUGUUAGACGUACGGAAAUUUUAUUUUUAUAUUUUUUUUGACAUUAUUUUCAGCAAAAUGUGUAGUUUUAACACAUCCAUUCUGCUCCUUUUCUGUGCCUAAGUAAAGGCCUAUUGAUUGAUUUCA